AUGUCGACUCCGAUCCCCCAACCCCCCGGCGUGCCGCUGCUGGGCAACAUCUUCGACGUGGACCCCAAGAACACGUGGUCCUCCCUCAAGAAGCUGUCGGAGAAGUACGGCGAGAUCUUCCAGAUCAAGGUGCUCGGCCACACCAUCGUCUUCGUCGCGGGCGCCGCGCUCGCCGAGGAGCUGUGCGACGAGAAGCGGUUCCGCAAGUACGUCGGCGGGCCGAUCGUCGAGAUCCGAUACGCCGUGCACGACUCGCUCUUCACGGCCUUUGACCACGAGGAGAGCUGGGGCGUUGCGCACCGAAUCAUCGCGCCCAAGCUGACGCCCCAGUCCGUCGCGGAGCGCUUCGACGACAUGCUCAGCACGACCAACGAGCUGCUGGCCAAGUGGAAAGGCCUCGGCCCGGACGAGGCCGUGUCCGCCAUCGGCGAGCUGAACAGGCUGAACCUCGAGGCGACGACGCUGGCGCUCUUUGGCAAGAAGCUCGACUGCCUCACGGGGCCGGAGCACCCGAUGCUCAAGGGCAUGGAGGACUCGACGUCCGAGGCGAUACAGCGGCCGAACCGGCCCGGGUUCCUCAACUGGCUCGUCUUCGGCGGCAAGUUCAAGAAGGCCACGGCGACGAUGAGGGCGUACGCGUCCGAGAUGGUCGAGCACCGUAGGAACAACCCGUCGGACCGCAAGGAUCUCCUCGCCACCCUCGUCAGCGCCGCGGAUCCCGAGUCGGGCAAGUCCCUGACCAACUCGCAGGUCAUCGACGAGAUCGUCACCAUGCCCAUCGGCAGCAGCACGGCGCCGGGCCUCGUCAGCACCAUCGUCUACUUCCUGCUGAAGAACCCGCACGUCAUCGCCACCGCGCGGGAGGAGCUCGACCGCGUCGUCGGCGGCGCCGGCGGCGAGCUGACGUACAGCCACCUCUCGCAGCUCAAAUACGUCGAGGGCAUCGUCCGCGAGGGCCUGCGGCUGUCCUUCGCCGCGCCGGGCUUCAACAUCGAGCCCAUCCCCAGGGAGGGCGACAAGAGCCCCGUGCUGCUCGCGGGGGGCAAGUAUCAGGUCGCCCACAACCAGCCCAUGAUCCUCGUGCUCGCCGGGGUGAACCGCGACCCGUCCGUGUUCGAGGACCCGCUGGCGUUCAAGCCCGAGCGGAUGGUGGGCGAGAAGUACGAGCAGCUGCCGGUGGGCGUGAGGAGGUCGUACGGCAACGGCAAACGCGAGUGUAUCGGCAAGCACUACGCGUGGCUCUGGAACAUGGUGGUCGUGGCGAAGCUCAUCAAGGAGGUGGACUUCACCAUGGCGGACCCCUCGUACGAGUUGAAGCAGGACGGGUGGUUUAACCUGAGGCCGGUGGACUUUUACGUCAAGGUCAAGCCGAGAGUGAGCAGCAAGGCGCCGGAGCUGUGA